AAGCCGGAAGAUUUAUUUCAAAAGGAGAAUUUCAUUCAAAUUUUCUGUAAAAGUAAAAUAAAAAAUAAAAAGGGGAACUUUUUAAAUCUGAUUGAAAGUGUUAGUCGAAAAAUGGAAAAGGACACUCGAGAAGUGAAGCUGGAUAACUAUUUCCGAUCCCAGGUUAGCAGCUAUGAGAGGUACCACAAGAGUUUUACCUGCCAGUCGGAUCGGGUAAUGAUUGACAAAUGGUUGGCGGUCUUCAAUGCGUCUCCCGCUGCCGAGAAGAUUGCCAGGAACGGACUGAUGCUUCUCCUGAACGGUCACCUGUCGGACUUCGGCUCCCUCAAGGAUCCUUUCACGGAUAUGAACAAUUUGGGCAAAAAUCUCAACAUCGUGUUAGAUAAUUAUGAGGGAAUCCCGGAAUCGGAUAUGAUUGACCAAGCAGCUCCCUCAAAACAAACCGAACCUUCGUCUCGGCGUAUUGAAGAAGGAUACCUGGAAUCCAUUUCAGAGGUCUCCUCGGGGCUUGGGUCCUCCGAUGAGCAGCCCUCCAGCGCCAUCACAGUCAUAAGAAAUCUAAGCCAUCGGCGGUCUAACCACAGUCCUGAUUCCCUUGGAUGUCGUCAUCAAUCAAAUGAAAGUGUUAUGCAGAAGAUACAAUCCUUCGAGAGAAUCGCUCAGCGAACUCAAAUGGAAGCCGCUUUGAAUUCUACCAAAGGCAGGGAGCCUCGAAAAGCUGCUAUCAACGAAUACGCCUCUUUGGGUGACUUGCAACUCCGCUUUGAGGAACUGGCCAAGCGCUUGGGUAUUGACUCCUCUCAAAACAGCAGCCUAACGGAGGGGCAGUCAACAGCAAGAGAAGCACCAGAAUGCGCUAUCCUGGGAGCAACUCCUUCUUUGGGUGAGAAAAUACGGAGCAUGGCUCAGUACAAUGAGAAAUGGCUACGUGCGGUUGCCAAAACCGAACGGAUACCAGGAAGAGCUAAGCAAAACCUGCCAGAACCUUCCCAGGACCCAGUAGAGAUGACUCAACGCAGCCAGGAAUGGCGGCACGACGAUGUAACAGAUAAGCGGACCAAUGCCAUAAUUCCAUCACCUUCUCUUGGUGAGAAAAUAAGGAUCAUGACCCAGAACCACGACACACCGAAUUCCGAGUGUACCACAUCCAAACGGACACAAGGCGGCGUUGAGCAGAUGACACCAAUAGUCCCAAAGUCUCUACUUGGCAAAAAUGUGCGAUAUCAGGAUCAAAAGAUCUGUGAAUAUCGUGCUAUGGCACCGAGUUCUAAGGAUGCCACAACAGGAUGCGCACCACCAGGGUGCGAACCAAUAGAAAACCCAAGCACAAAAUCUUAUCUGGUUGAUCAAAAGGAGAUCUGGAGUACACGUCGCGAGGAACCACGAUCCAAAGAUGCCACUACCGAAUGGACACCAAGAGAUGGUGAAAGAACAGUAAGACCUUCUUACGUUGAACGCUUUAUGGAACCGCGUUUCAAGGACGCCACAACCGAAUGGACACCAAGAGAACCAACAGAAAAAUCAAGCCCGAAACCUUCACAGGAUGAUCACAAGCAGAUUCGCAAUAAAGGCCGUAAGGCACCGAGUUCUAAGGAUGCCACAACAGGAUGCACAUCACGAGGGUGCGAGCCAAUAGAAACAGCAAGACCUGCAAUGGAUGAUCAAAAGGUUAUCCGGAGUACACGCCACGAGGAACCACGAUCCAAAGAUGCCACAACCGAAUGGACCCCACGAGAUGGUGUGAUGGAUGAUCAAAAGAAGAUCCGGAGUAAAGGCCACGAAGAACCACCAAAAAAAGAAGAACUAACAACAAAAUUCAAUAAAAAUUCGACAAAACCUUUCCUGGACGAUAUAGCAAGGAUCCUGACGAAAUUCUCUGAAAAACCGUGUUCCAAAGAUGCCGCAACUGAGUGGACACCAAGAGAAGGCAGAAAUAUAGAGAACCCAAGCUUAAAACUGGUUGAUCCAAAGCAGACACGGAGUAAGCGCCACGAAGAGCCGCGUCCCAAAGACGCAACAAUCAAACGGACACCAAAAGGUUAUGCCCAAGAUGAAACCAUAGUCUCCUCUUCAGAUGAACAAAUACGGAUUCUGACUGAAAGGAACGAGGAACUGCGUCGUCAGUGCCUGGUGUACUACCAUGAAGAUGGCCGUUUGAGGAAGCACCCAGCGGAUGGCUCUCAGUUUAAACGUAUGUCCAAGGGUUUCGAAAUCGGUGUCUUUCGGUGCAUGAAGCGUCUCAGGCGCUGGAACGGAGCUCCACAUAGCCUGAAGUUCUUUUUAACUGUCUUCAAGAGUUGCGGAGUGCGCGUGGGUCAUUCGCGAUUGCGGACCUUGGACCGGCGCUUGGAGCAGAUGGCCACUAGGUGGUUGGAUGAGCAGCUGCGCAUCCGAAGGGAGCGCGUCUGGAGCCUCUACCGCCAGUCCGUAGAGUCCAAGGGAGAGAGUGAGCCCAUACUCACGCCGAGGGUAGCGAAAGAGCUGGACCAACUGAUUGAGAGCCGCAAGCAAAUCAUAAUGGAGGAGAUGGCCCACACGGCCAAGCUGAAGGAGCUGUGGGUGGAGUACUGUCUCGGCAAGAUCCGGGACCAGCAGUUGCAGCAGGUGCUGCAGAAACUCGAUGAGAAGUACCUGCAGCUCGUGAAGGGCUUGAAUAAGCUGGCCCGUCGUCAGGACAAGCUCUCGAAGCAUAGCGCAGCGCUGGGUUGCUCAUUAAUUAAUUUAAUUUAAGCACUACACUACGCUUUAUUAAAAACCUGACUAAAAUGGAAACAAACAAAUUACACAAACAAAAUAAAGGAACAAUAUACACGUAAAGAGAAGUAACCUUUUUAUAAU